AUGUACGCUCUCAAGCUUUCCAGCAUCGUCCUACUCGCCGCCUCCCUCGCCACGGCCUGGGAAAUCCGAGGCUGGACUGGAGUAAAGUGCACGGGCUCCGAGAUCUAUGACGAGGCCACUACGGGUACCCAGGCCUGUGAAAACUUUGACACAGUCCAGGACCUGCAUUCCAUCAAGGUCACCUACGCCAAGAAGAAUGUCAAGCCUCAUCUUUUCUAUGGAGACAACUGCGAAGGCACCGCCUAUGUUCCUAGCAGCGGCGAAUGCUUCUAUAUGUCGUCUGAGUCAUUUAAUUCCUACAAGAUUGUGGCGGCUUAG